AUGUUGAACAACAGCAAGAGCCAGGGAGACACAGCAAAACCUGACACCGCCACAAACGAGCCACAAAGUCCCUUCCCAUCCCCAUCCAACCCCCGCAAAGCCCUCCAGAACCCGUCCAUAGCGCGUUACUUUUCUCACUACAUCGCCGACAUCGCCCCGUGGUACGACCUCGGCGACGCGUCCCUGGCCUUCGCCACCAGCCUCCCCGAAGCCGCCCUCGAGAGCCCGCUGCCCUUCGCCGCCAUUGUGGCCCUGUCCGCGGUGCACACGAGCCGCACGACCGCGCCCUCCGCCAAGGCUGUGGCGGAGUUCUACCACGGCCACUGCGUCCGCUUGCUGAUCGACCUGACAGCGGGGAAAAACGACGACGAGCACUCGAAGGGGCUGGCGCUGGCUUCUGUCUGUCUUUUGCGGUCGUAUGAGAUUUUGAGUGAAGAGGUCGACCCAAACAGACACCUUCAAGGAGCAUAUUCCCUGGCAGCCUACAACACCCCUCAAACCGACGACUUCGGGUCCGGCCUCCGAGCAGCAGGCUUCUGGAACUACCUUCGCGAGGACAUCACUUUUAGCUUGUUCCGAAGAUGCCCCCUCAAGAUAAACCUUGCCCAGGUGCCUGUAGCCCUGCCGACGACUGGUCAAGGAACCGACCAGGACCGCCUCAACGUCGCCACUCUCAUUCUCGGCCGCAUCAUCAACGCAUGCUUCGUGGCCUCGGAAUCGGUUACAGGCGACUCGUGGUCGUGUUUGCUCCAGAUGUUGCGUGAAUGGCGUGGAACUAUACCAACGCGUUUCGAACCCUUCUCCACGCUUGACCGCGGCCUCGGCCUCGCUUUGCCUUCCAUCUGGCUGCUGAGAGAUUAUCACGACGACCGUCUCGGCGAUAAAGAUACGAAGGAUGACAUCCUGGAGCUCCUUGCCCUCAAGGUCUGCGGCGUGGCCUUCACCGCCAACUUGCCCUCGGUACAAGUCAACGCCUUUGGUCCCAUCGCAUUCUGCUCGCGAUUCAUCCGCACAGAAGCCUCGAGACAGGAGCUGAUCCGCCGCCUCUGGGCGUGCAAAGGGACGAUCGGUUGGCCAGUCCAGAGACUCGUCUCGGACCUGGAGGCGGAGUGGAGGGGACCGCCCCCAACGCGCGCACCAACAGAAGACGACGAAUGA